GUCGUCUUUCCUUCCUAUGGCAUCAAACAUUACUUUCCACGAAGGCACGGUGUCCUCUGACGAGCGAGCUCAACUCAUUCAACAGAAAGGAGCUACGAUCUGGCUUACGGGGCUCAGUGCGAGUGGCAAGUCCACGAUCGCCUGCGCAUUGGAACAACAUUUACUACAUUUACGCAAGUAUACCUAUCGUCUAGACGGGGAUAACGUUCGAUUUGGCUUGAACAAAGAUCUUGGUUUCGACGAGAAAUCACGCAAUGAAAACAUUCGUCGAAUUGGAGAAGUCUCAAGACUCUUUGCAGACUCAUGCUGUUUGACUAUUACUGCUUUCAUCUCUCCCUACCGUGUAGAUCGCGAAUUUGCACGCCAGAUUCAUGAAAAAGCCGGCUUACCUUUCGUCGAAGUAUUUGUCGAUGCACCUCUCAGUGUAGUCGAGCAGCGGGAUCCAAAGGGUCUCUACAAGAAAGCUCGUGCUGGAGAAAUCAAAGAUUUUACUGGAAUCUCCGCACCCUACGAGACCCCAGAAACUCCAGAAAUUCACCUGAAUACUGCAAUCACAGACGUUGCUGAAAGUGUUCGAAUAAUCACGCAAUAUCUUGUCAGCCAUGGUUACAUACCAGAAACCACCACGGAAACAUCUUAGAAUUGUACACUGUUGUUCCAACCAAGUAUCUUUAUAGAUUAUUGUAUGGCCUUCUCAACAAGGUUCUGUCAACCUAAAUAAU